AAGUGGGGUCAAUAGUAAGUUAUAUCGCCCAAUGAAAGACGUGUAACAUGGGGCAGCAGCUUGUUUGAAAAAAAUACACACCGGUGGAUGUUUCUUUUCUUCUACUUCAGUUAUCAUGAUUAUUGUUAUACUACUGAAGAUUUUCAUGGUGUAACCAUACUUACUCUGAUAGAUUUGUGAAUUCAGCCUCCGUGUACCACCGAAAACUUUGUUGAUUUGGAUUAUCUUACUGAAAUCAAGUAAACGAGAUAUGACCUUGGCUAUUACUUUGCUUAGGCGACUAUUUCUAUGACCGAUUUGUGCGCGACAGGACAACACUAUCAAAGGAGGGAUAGCAGUAUUGUGUGCUUAAGAUUGCUCACCGGCGAGUCGUGACUAGUUGUGACGUCACAAUGGAGGUUCGUCAUCGGUUAACACGUGGUACCAAGCGAUGGUUCAUCCUGACCGGAGUAUUCUUCGUAUCGUUCCUGGAGACCGGUACCGUGCGGUCGUUCGGGGUGAUAUUAAACGAUAUGACGUCAGACUUCGGGACCUCCACAGCCUACAUUGGUACUAUCAUAGGCAUGGCCCAUGGGGCUACUUAUUGGUUAUCGGUAUUGAACACCCCUCUUCUAAGGCGCUUCUCUGUCCGUCAGGUAGUCAUGGCUGGAGGUCUGAUUGGAUCACUAGGACUCAUCUUAUCAGCCUUUGCAAUGACAGGAUCUCUCUUCGCUGCAGCUCUAUUUAUGUUUGGAAUCGGCUUUAGCACGGUGGUUUUACCAGCAAACUCCAGCCCUGUUGACUAUUUCCCUGAUCUGUUUGAAAUCGCCUCAAGCAUCAACCUUACAGGUGGAGGUAUCGGUCUUAUGAUUCUACCCCUUCUCUUUGAGGUCUUUGUCACCAGCUAUGGUUGGAGGGGUGCCUUGAUGCUCCUAGGAGCCAUUAAUCUUAAUACACUCGUGAGCGGCGCCCUCUUAGAGCCAGUCCCAAAGGCAGAGGAGUCAGCAACAGGAGAAUUGCCUCUGGAUGACACCAUGGAGGUGGCGGAGAGGGAGAGGAAAAGGGAGCACAGUGGACAUUGUUCAUCACAAGGAGCAUGUGGGAGUGCAGAAGAAGAAAAUGGUACAACUGAUCUGUAUGUUGAUUCAGAAGGUGAGACAGAUGAUCUGAUACAUCAUGAACAUACUGGCAACGGUCAUCUGAGACACUCUGAAAAUACCAACACCAAUUGCAAAUCAGAUGGCAAAGUUCUUAUACGUCGCAUCAGUGAUUCCGAAGAUGCUGCCCCCAAUGGCUAUACAAGCUUUGGCUCCGAAGUGGAAAUCUCGGACAGCAAACAUCAUCACGAACUGGUAGCAUCGUACAAUACAACCUCAAACAGUGUCUCUGUCAAAGAGGCAAUUGCCUGUGAGGACUGUCCAAAAGACAACCCAAAUCGGACGUGUUUUGGACGAUGGUGCCACAGCAUUGCCGAGUUAUUUGACCUCUACCUCUUCAAGGAUUACCCGGUCUUCUUUGGCAUCUGCCUCGCAACAAUCCUCUUUGGAGUCUCCUACGAUGGCUGGGUUCUCUUUGUUAUUCCUAACGCAGAAGCGAAGGGCUUCGACUCACAGAUGUCCGUCUAUGUCGCGACAGCUGGCGGUGUCGGAAAUAUAUUCGGACGCUUCUGCAUUGGCUUCUUCACAGCCAAGAAGUUCAUUCCAAACGAGGUCUCCUACCUCAUCAUGAACCUAUUAUCUUCAGUUGCGUUUUUCAUCAAUUACGGUGCCACUACUUUCUGGUUUCUGUCUCUGCUGUCUUUCCUAAAUGGGUUUUCUCUAGGAGCCAAGACAUCGCUGCAGUUCAUCAUUGUCAAUGGUUCUGUUGCCACUGAGAGGUACAAGGCAGCUGUCUCAAUGCUUCUUGUCUCUCUUGGUAUUGGGUUUCCAAUUAGUGGCGCCCUUUUAGGUGGUAUCUAUGAUAGGACCAAGUCAUAUAACAUCUCCUUCUGUGUUAUAGGGUUUAUUGAUGUCAUCUGCGGGAUUAUCAUAACAGCACCUCUGAUAGCAGCAGUAAUAAGGAGAAGAAAGAGCAGAGAUUCGUCACCAAGGGAAGUAUCUGUUUAACCCUCAAAGACAUUGCCCCGGGAAUCCUUGUAUAUAUUGCCCCAGGAAUCCUUGAAGACAUUGCCCCAGGAAUUCUUGAAGAGGUUGCCCCAGGAAUCCUUGAAGACAUUGCCCCAGGAAUCCUUGAAGACAUUGCCCCAGGAAUUCUUGAAGACAUUGCCUCAGGAAUUCUUGAAGACAUUUUCCAUGAAUCAGGAGUAUUGAUUUUUAAAGUGUCUCAUAUGCAGGGAUCUCUUUACCUACAUGUAUCCUUGCCAGCAUUGUCCAAAAGGCAGAAAGAGCAGAGUCUUAACCAAUGAAAGUACCUGUAAAGCCCUUAGAUAUAAGUGAUGCCCCAAUAAUUCUUGAGGAAAUUUUUCCAUGAAUCAGGGAUGUUGGUGUGAAAAGCAGGACCCUCUUUACCUAUACUAACCAGUAUUAUCCAAAAGACAGGAAGUGAGGUCUUACCAUAGGGAGUGCUGGUGUAACACUUGCCCAGAUGCCCGGAAGGCAGUCAUCUCUCUGAAAGACUUUAUUCCCACAGGUCCAGGGAAUAUACAAUGUCCAUUUAUAGGUAUCAGCUAUAGGGAUUUUCUUCACCAGACCUGUAAUAGCAAGUGUCUAUAGGCCACCGCACACCUUACGACCCGACCGGUCGGCGACUGGCUUGCGACUGGGUGAGGGGAGAUGUG